AUGAGCGACGCCCGCUACUGGGUGGUGGACUACGACCUGUCCUCCACCACCACCACGGCCCCCGGCCACGGCCCCUCCGGGGGGCCCUUGGGGGGGCCCUUGCCUCCCGUGGCGGUCCACUCGGAGCUGGGCACGGCCCUGUGCCUGGUGGGCCUGCUGCUGCUCCUGCUGCUCUUCCUGGUGGUCCGCUGCAUCCGCAUCCUGCUGGACCCCUACAGCAGCAUGCCCUCCUCCUCCUGGACCGACCACAAGGAGGGCCUGGACCGGGGCCAGUUCGACUACGCCCUGGUGUAG